UUAUAGCAAUUCAAUAAAGUUUCCUAUAACUCAAGAAAAUGAGGCCCUUCAUUGCUAUUCUGUCUUUCAUCAUACUCGCUCUUACUAAUCCUGUUGAAUUAAGUUCAAAAAAAUCUCGAUUCCUCGAUGAUGCUUCAGUACCUUUCUUAGAAGCAAAGGAACGCCCUAGCACUUCAGCUGCAUCCAAGUGGAGUUGGCGACGAGAGAAAAAACCAGAACCACUUCCUGUCAUAACACUUGAUUUUUGUUAUAUCCUACGUUUUGAUCAAGACAAUCGUCCUCAGGUUUAUCUUUUAGCCUCAGACAAGGAAUAUCCCGUACUUACAGAUACAACUGGAACAAAACUCAUUGGAUUAAUCAUUGACUGGCAAGCGUACCACUUCGUGAUUUCAACAGAAGAGCCAUAUCAAAAAGUUGCAUUGAAAAUAAUUGACAACGUAGCCAAGGAAACUAUAAAUUUAGAACCGAAUUAUGAUCCGCUUCCAGGGUGCAAGAAAGGAGAUAAGGAAUCAUAUUGGCACAAAUACAUUCGUUUUGCGCGAACACGUAGAGUGGGGUAUUUUUCUGCAGGGAAUAUUUAAAACUUUAUUCGAAUGUACCUUCAUGUCAUGCUAACUUGAGAUUAUUAUUAUGCUCUGAUCACACGUGAUGGAGAAAAACAUAAAAACUACAACCAAAAUUUGUAAAAAUAUUUCAGGAUGUCAACAAAUUUUUGGCCAAAAAUGUUCCGAACACAUAUUCUGCACUUUCUGCUCUCGUUUUCGUCAAAUCCAUUCCAUGUUUAGUCUUGUUUCUCAAUAUAAAGCUUGGAACUUUUAUACAUCUUCCCUCUCCCUGUACCCUUUUUAAAUAAUUUGGUUCGGCUUGCUUAUAUCUUAUUCCACUUAUUGUAUGUUGCAUAAUCAAAGUAAUUUUAGUUUAAAUAAUUUUUGUUUAGCGAGCAGCUUACACUUUGUAUGUAGGAUUUACUAUAGUAUAUAUUUACCAUAUGUUUUACUUUCAAAAUAUAUUCCUUUUUGCACUUCGUUAUCUAUAUCAAAGAUAAGCCUUUAUAUAGUAGCCGCACUUAAGGACGAAGUUUGAUUCUGCGACUGCUAAAUGAGUCGUCUGGAAAAAGCAUUAGACGACUGG